AUGUCUGAUAGCUCAACAGACAAGCACAUCCGAGUGACGAUAACGAUGAAAUCAGAAGCGGCAAUCGAGCCAUCACUGGAUCUUGGCUUCUUCCUAAAUGUGACUUCACACGGGGCCCCGGAUUUUGGCACAGAUGCCGAGCAGGCCCUUAUCGCCAAGCACACGUUGGCAUACGCUGGACCUUGGUACGUCAGGGAGACCAUAGACGGCUGGUACAGAGCUGCAGAAGAACUAUACGUUGGUAAACGACAAGACGAUGAUGCGAUUCAGGCCAAAAGCUCAGGAGAGUAA